AUGCAGAGCAGCAUGGACGUUUUAGCUGUAGCUCUCUUGACUUCAGCAGCUUUUCUCUUGUGUGCUGCAACUUCAGAGAUAUUACUCGAUUCAACCGAGCAUGAUUGUGGUACCCAAGAUUCUGAAACAGAGACACAUUCUGAAAAAUUUUCGUACAACAAAAGGAACAUUUCAGUAAUAUACUUCGAUAAAUGGUAUCAACCAAAUAUUCAAGAUGACGGGGACUGCUGUAAAACCUUAUUUCUAGAUGGCGUGGAAGAACGUCUUUAUAAAUCGGACGCUGGAAAGUUUAUUCCUACAGCAGAAACGCCUCGUCUUGAUUUGAUGCAAAGUGAAUCAUGGCACUCAGCAGGAUCGCGUAUCGAUCGUAGACACGCUAGACCUGGAGUGUGGUUUGGACUAUGCGUAGGACGGAGCCUUCCAGAGCCUAGUAUAUCGUUUGGGCCUCGUACUGGACGAAGCACUCCUGCUCCUGGUAGAUGGUUUGGCCCUCGUAUUGGACGCCGCGAUCCUUCUACUGGUACGUGGUUUGGCCCUCGUAUUGGACGCAGCAAUCCUGAUCCUGGUACAUGGUUUGGCCUUCGUACUGGACGCAGCAAUCCUGAUUCCGGUGCAUGGUUUGGCCCUCGCAUUGGACGCAGGCAUCCUGCUCUUAGUACGUGGUUUGGCCCUCGUAUUGGGCACAGCAAUCCUGAUCCUGGUACAUGGUUUGGUCCCCGUAUUGAACGCAACAAUCCUGAUGCUGGUACAUGGUUUGGCCCUCGUAUUGGACGCAGCGAUCCUGAUGCUGGUACAUGGUUUGGCCCUCGUAUUGAACGAAGCUAUCCUGAUGCUGGCACAUGGUUUGGCCCUCGUAUUGAACGCAACAAUCCUGAUGUUGGUACAUGGUUCGGCUCUCGUAUUGGACGCAGCGAUCCUGCUUCUGGUACGUGGUUUGGCCCUCGUAUUGGACGCAGCUAUCCUGAUGCUGGCACAUGGUUUGGCCCUCGUAUUGGACGCAGCUAUCCUGAUGCUGGGACAUGGUUUGGCCCUCGUAUUGGACGCAACAACCCUGAUGCUGAUACAUGGUUUGGCCCUCGCAUUGAACGCAACAAUCCUGAUGCUGGUACAUGGUUUGGCCCUCGUAUUGGACGCAGCGAUCUUGCUCCUGGUACGUGGUUUGGCCCUCGUACUGGACGCAGCAAUCCUGAUGCUGGCACAUGGUUUGGCCCUCGUAUUGGACGCAGCAAUCCUGAUCCUGGUACAUGCUUCUGA